AUGUCAUUUUUCAAGAAGUUCGGUGACAUGAAGUUCGGAGACAAGCAGGAGGAACACACCAGAGGUUACGGCGCCCCCCAGCAGUACGGCGUCCCACCACCCCACACCUCCGUGAUCCAGGGCCCACCAGGCAUGCCGCCUAUGCCCAGCGGCUGGACCUGCCAGUACGACUUCUCCACCCGCCACUGGUACAUCGUCGAGCAGGUCACGGGCCGUUCGCAGUGGGACCCGCCGCAGUCGCAUGGCCCGUCCGGCGCGUUUGACACUUCUCGCGGCCACGACGAGGGCUAUGGUGCUCACGGUUCUGGCGGGCACGCUGCAGCCGGUGGACUUGGCGCGCUCGGCGGACUCGGUGCACUCGGUGCACUUGCCGGACACGGUGGUGGACACGGUAGUGGCCAUGGCGGUGGAUAUGGUGCUGGCCACGGCGGCGGCUACGGCGACCAUGGUCCCGGCGGAUACUACGGCGACGUCCAUAAGGACAACAGCAGCAGGAACAUGAUGAUGGCUGGUGCUGGUGGCCUGGCGGUCGGCGCUCUUGCCGGCGGUGCCGUUGCUCACGGGAUGAGUGACAAUGACCACCACGGAGCUGCGGGUGGCUACGGCGGAGCUCCCUACGGCGGUGAUCCUUAUGCCUCCGGUGGUGCACCUAUGGGCAUGCCGCCUGCCGUGGACGCAGAUGGCGACUCGGUCUCGGGAAGCGAUCGUGAGGAGGUGCUUGAAGCUCAGCACGAGUACCAAGAGGCGCAGCUUGAGGCUCAAGGCUCGGAUGCUGGCAGUUCUGAGCAGGAAGAGCUUGAGGAGGCGAGAGAGGAGUACCAGGAGGAGUAUGAGGAGACCUACGAUGACUAG